AUGGUGCCGUAUUUUAAAAACGCUUUUUCACAAACCGAACCGGACGAGGCUGCAGAGGAACAUGACACUUUGACUACCAAGGUCAAUAAAUGCCUCUUGCUACUGUCCCACCUCAACGCAAAAUUGGAUGCGUUAGCAGGACGGCUAAUGGAACAUGGAACAUCAUCGGCUAGCCCAGUCACCAUCAACGAACCGCCUCUGCAGCCCGUAAAAAGCCUGGCCGAUCUUGAGGCUUUAGAAGACCGUUGCCGCGAUAGGAAAUUUGUGCAAGCUACAGUUGCAUCGCUUGGAAUGCUACAUGGCCAAAACCGGUUCUAUAAACAAGGCGCUACAGUGAGUCUACAAAUUAUAGACUAUUUUUUCUGCCGUGCAUUUUUAACAAAAUGCUCCUGGACAGGAGCAUCUCGAACUUCCACUUCUGCUGCCGGAUCAAAACAGCAGAAAAUACCUUUCAUCAAGUUCGAUAAAACAAUCAAUUUGUUUUAUCGAACAGUGCAGUAUUCGGAUCCGCUGUAUUCUCUUGACGAAUGCAAAUCUUUUCUGCAUCGAUGUUUGAAAAAUUCCAAACAACGGUUCUUGGAAAUGUCAGGAACUAGAAAGCCAGUCUCACGGCAACGAAAGAGGAAGGCGGUCGAGUCCGAAGACGAAAAUAGGGACAGUGUUGAGAAAAGCAUCGAAGACAUGCAAAGUAACAUCACAUGGCAAGUUGAAUUUUUGGAGGGCGAUGAGGAAGUUAAAAUUUUGCCUUAA